AUGGCGGCGGCCCAGGAGAGCGACAUUGAAAAGGCACUCUCUUCAGACGGAUCAUCCGAAGAAGAGAUUGCCCCCUAUGUCGAGCAACGUCAAGCCGAAGAGGCUCGAGAUGUCACUACGUUCCGAGGAAAGCUCGCGGCAUUCACCAUUCGAUUGAGCCAAUACGGCGUUGAAACCCGAGGCGUUGUGCCCACCGCUCCGGAGGCUCGCACAGACACCCGGUUUUGGAACCUUUUGUUCCUCUGGAUAUCUGCCAACUUUAACAUCUUGGCAUUCUCCACCGGGUCGCUUGGUCCGGCCAUAUUUGCGCUCGGCCUAAAAGAGAGCCUGCUCGUCAUCUUCUUCAUUAACUUGCUGAGCGCAACGCUCCCGGCUUACUUCUCGACGUUCGGUCCCCGGCUGGGCAUGCGUCAAAUGAUCGUGUCCCGAUACUCGUUCGGGUUCUACGGGAACAUCAUCCCGUCACUGCUCAACCUAAUCACAUUCAUGGGCUUCCUGAUUCUAAACUUGAUCCUAGGAGGCGAGACUCUAGCCGCCGUCAGCGGAUACCAAGCCGGGCAUGGCGGAGGGCUCAGCUGGGACAUUGGAAUCGCCAUCGUUACGUUUUGCGGAUACAAGGUUCUGUACACGUACGAACGCUUUGCCUGGAUCCCGAUCGUGAUGGUCUACAUCGUCGCGCUCGGAUGUGGAGGAAAACAACUCACGGAUUUAGCACCCGUUGUGCCCGCUUCGUCCGUGACAGUACUCUGCUUCGCAGCCUCGAUCGCAGGGUACAUGAUUUCAUGGUCCACGCUCGCGUCGGACUAUACGAUCUACCUGGACCAAUCGGCGCCCAACUCAAAAGUGUUCCUAUUCGCAUACAGCGGCUUUUUCUUCCCUAAUGUCAUAUGCGAAAUGGUCGGCGCCGCAUUUGCCGUUUCGAUGCACGCCCCGGGGAACGAGGCAUGGUUGGACGGGUACAAGGUCAACAACGUUGGCGGGUUGCUCGAUGAGGUUAUGCGCCCCGCGGGGGGGUUUGGAAAGUUCUGCAUUGUGCUUUUGGCAUUGAGUUGUAUUGCUGCAUCGAGUCGUCAAUGCAUGUACAGCUUCUGCUUCGAUCCCACUCGCCAUGGUAGGGGCGCACACCUACUACACCUCCCUCAUCUCAUUCACAGGCGUGAUCGGAUACUGGGCAGCCGCAUGGGCAAGCAUCGUCCUCGCCGAACACGUCCUAUUCCGUCAGUCCCACACGGGCGCCCGGAAACAGCAGGAUACGAUUCGGCCGCAUGGAACGACCCCUCGGCCCUCCCAACCGGCAUCCCGGCACUCGCCGCGUUCGCGCUGUCGUUUGCGCUGAUCGUGCCCGCGAUGAACCAGGUCUGGUUCCAGGGUCCGAUCGGGCGGCGGGUCGGGGACAUCGGGUUCGAGCUCGCGUUUAUCGUCGCGGGCGGGUUGUAUAGCGUGUUUCGGCAUGUGGAGAAAAAGGUUUGCGUCGGCCGGGCGUGGGCUAGGUUCCUAAAAUGGAAAGUGUUCCAAAUUGGUAGUGGUAUGUUUUUCGUCAUUGGGAUUGUCGUGUAA